GUAGUGAAAUGAAUAAAUACAUCAGCAGGAAUAAAUCCAAAUAACGACAAAGGAUGACCGGAAUGACUGCGAGUACCGUUCGAGAGGAUGAAGUACCCGAGUCCUUCACCAACGGGAAAAGUGUACAUUUUACGUAUACAGAACCAACAGCAGAAGAUCAAUAUGCCACUGGACCUCAAGAGUCGAGUAAGAGCAAGAAGAAAAAGAAAAAGAAGAAGCACAGUGGUACAGGGUCAGCUGCUGUUGCAGGAGUCUCCGGCUCACUGCUGCCUCAGAUCCAUAUCCCCAGUCUUCAACAGUUACUGCAUGCGACCUUAAAUCGUCCGGAAGACGAUUAUCCAACUUCAAGAGUGAUUAAACAAGGUCCCAAUGGAGAUGUGAUAGUAGAAAGUUUGGACGAUUCACCAUUGCCACCACCACCUCCGCCAAUCCUUCAACAUCAUGUAGAUCAACACAAGAGUAGCUAUCAUGAUGGCCGAUGUAAUCCACUCGGUUGUUCGCAUGGAACUCCACAUCCAAAUCCAGCCAAUAUAUGGGAUAAUUCUACUCUUGAAGAACAAGAAAACCUUAAACUGUUUUGGGAAUCACUUGAUGAACAGCUGAAAUUGGAGCUUGUGAAAAUAGACAAGGAUUCAAUAAUGGAGAUAUUUAAGAAUGAAUCAAGAAAUGCAGCCGCAAAUUCAAACUCAACUACAAAUGUCACUGGCAAUGGACAUCAUCAAACACAUCAUCAUCACUCCCAUGGAAAUUCACACCAUGGUCAUCAUCAUAAUCAACCACAUUCUCAUAAUGGUAACCCGAAUUGUUCAUGUCCAUUUUGUGGAAGGAAAUCAAAUAUUAUUGAAGAUGAACUUGAAAGUAUAUAUGAUAAUCAUUUCGAUGACAUAAUUGACUUCAUACAUGAAGUGAGAGAUAUUAACGAUCUUAAUGCAUUACCUGGACUUCUCUUUGGGGGGUUUCAUAUGCUUGAAGAGGAACAUAAGCUUCAACGAAGACAACAAAGACAUGGGUUAAACCAAGUGCCACUGUAUGAAGAACCAAUAAUAGAUGACGAUGAACAACGUCAAACUCACGAACUAUUACACAAGCAACAACAAGAGGAGGAACAUCAGGAUGACUACGUUGAAGUUGGUGGAGAAGAUGAGGAUGAAGAUGAAGAAGGUGAUGAUGAAGUGAUGGUAGUAGAAGAAGAGAUUUCGAACGAUCCUACAAAACAAAAUGUUCAUGAACAAAAUAUAGAGGUGAUAUCAAAGGGAGAUAUUAAAGGAGUUGAACUGCAUCAAACAGAAUCAAAAGAUGGAGAAGCGGUUAACAGCAUAUCCAACGAUAUCCCAAGUGAAGAAUCACUCGAAAAAGUUCUUGAUCCAAAAUUAUUCAAAGCACUUGAAAGUAUUGAUUUUGAGAAAUUUGCAGAUGAUAUUUCGAAAAGUGAAAGACUGGCAGAUUUACUUGAAAAGGUAAGUUCAGUUAGAGAUAUUAUAAAGCAGCUCAAUAUGGCUGAGAAAGUUGAAAUUGAGAAGGGAAUAGCAUUGUUGAAAAGUAUGGGGAAAUUAUUUACUGAACCAAAAAACAACAUUGUGCCACCAGUAACACCAACUGAUCAACUUUCGAGAGGAUUAUCCAAUUUUGCGGAUGACUUGUUGAAAAAUGACGGACGUUCUUUUAUUGAGAUGAUGGAAACUUUAUCUGAAUCUAGAAGUGCUAGAGAAGACCUCUUGAGAAAUGGCCAUGAACCUAUUUGGAUAGAUGAAGAUGAUAAGGGACAAAUGAGAGAAUUGGUCGAAGAUGUAGUUAAAGUUGGAACUAAUGGAGAUAAGAGACCCGAAGAUGGAGCUGAUUUGGAAGAAGACGAAGAUGAAGAAGAUGACGAUGAAUAUGACGAUGACGACGGUGAUAAUGAGGAUGAUGAAUACGAAGAUGAAGACGAUGGAGAUGGGUUUGAAAUUGAAGAAGAUGAUGGUCAUCAAGAGGGACCAAGUGAUACUGAAUCUGAAAUCUCUGAAGAAGAAAAGAUGCAAGAAAUUCGUCGUUUAUUUCUUAUUCAAGUGAUAAAACUUUUCCAAGAGCGUCUUAAGAAUGCAUACAAAGAGAAGUUAUCACAAGAUCGUACUCGUAAGUUAAUUGAAGAAUUAGAAGCUGAAGAGAAUGCUAAAAAGGAAAGAGAAAUGAAAAAACUUAAGCAAAAGGAGAAGGCUAAGGAGAAGAAACGUCUUCAGCAACUUGCAAAGGAAGAAGCACAACGUAAAAAGGAAGAAGAAGAAAGAGAAAGGGAAGAAGAGUUGAAGAGAAAGCAAGAAAUGCUUAAAGCAGAACAAAAGAAGCGUAAGGAAGAAUCUCGUCUCAAGAGAGAAGAAGAAAAGAAGAAACGAAUCGAGGAAGCCAAGAGAAAGGAAGCUGAACAGCAAAAGAGGGUGGAAAUUCAACGUAAAAAGGAAGAAGAUGCCAGAAAACUUAAGGAAGAAAGAAAGAAAAAGGCAGAAGAUGCGAGAUUAAUGAAAGAGAAUGAAAAGAAACAGAAAGAAAUGUUGAAGAAGCAAAAAGAUGAAGAAAUGAAACUUGAGCAAAUGAAAGCACAGUUGGAAGCCGAAAGCAUUCUCAAGGAACAAGCUGCAGUUUUGGAAAAGGAAAUUCUUCAAGACGAACCAAUCUCAAUUGAUCAACCAGUACAAACACCUCCUGCUCAACUGGCACCAAUUGAAGAUGUUAGAUCUCCACCUGCAGCAACAAACCAUCUCCUUGAACAAUUGUAUCAAGCCAAACCAAGGGCUUCUAGUCAAGUAUUUGGUGGUAUAUAUGAUUCAAAUAUUCCAGUUAUGAAUUCUCCUGCUGCUUCGCAUGUUUCAAAUAAUGCUUUGUUGAACAAUACUGGGUUAACUAACUCAGGGUUGAAUGGAUUUGAUCAUUCAAUGCUGUCAAUUACUGCUCCUACUUCUGGGACUAGUUCAUCAACCAAUCCAUCCAAUGAUUUCCAACUUUUUGGAAGUACUAAUCCUAUGUCUUCAUUCUUGAGUUCAAGUAUUCCUUCUUUAGACACCUUAGGAUCUAACACAUAUGCUAACACUCCAAAUAUGUCUCAACAAAUCAAUAACUGGAAUACUCCGCAACCAGCUCCUAGAAAUGGAUCAAUAUGGGGAAGUAUUGGAGAUAGCACUGCAGUUGCUUCACCUCUUGGGUCUACUUCCAACUUGAACUCGGGGUUAUGGAACAGCUCUGGUCUUCUGCCAUCAACUGUACAUCAAGUGCCUACUGUGACCUCUAACACUUCUGUUGGUCCACAUUCUACUCUCCAAACAGUACCAACACCAGCUGUGGGUCCUCCUCCACAAUCACAAACUCCACAAUCACACCAUCAUCAUCACCAAAACCAUCAAGCACAACAAGCUCCAAUACCAACACCACUUCAGACACCUGGUACUCGUUCAGAAAUCGAUAUGAUUCAAGCAGGUGCAUUCCAAGCAUUCCAAUACUUGCAAAAUAACCAACAAUUAGAGUUUGGUGUAGCCCCAAGCAUUAAAUUGUUCCAAACUACUAAAUCUUUUAUUGGUAAGCCGGGCUUAACACUCAAUCAGUUUUUGAUUUCAUGUAGAAAUAGUACAGGAAUGUACCACUUUGAUUAUAUAUAUGACGACAUGGGUACUGUGACACAUAUUAAGGUUAUUACUGGAGGUAGUGGCAUAUCAACCCAUCCUUCACAACAAAUACACUCUUCCCUUCAAUCUACACAUCUUGGAACCGAAGGUAUGAUAUCUGGAUUUAAUGAUUUGAAUCCAUUUUCAAAUUCAUUGAGUGGUGGUAACAGAGGAUUAUGGAAUUGAGAGAGCUCGAGGAUAAUAGUUUUGAAAAUUACAUAGUUAGCAAAUAGUUAAGGGAA